AGAGAGAGAGAGAGAGAGAGAAAGUGGACAGACGGGACACUCUCCACCAGCCCAACAGCAAUCGACAACCAGCAGCCGACAAUCCAGAAAGACGCACCAUGACAGGUAUCCACUCUUUGGUUGGACUUCUGCUCUUGAUCCUUGUGCAGAGCAGCUGGCAAAUCCCCGAGCAAGACACAGAGGACAACUCCAGCCUCUUGACAGAAGACACGCUUUACAACGAGCCAAUGAAGAGACAUUCAGAAGGCACCUUCUCCAAUGACUACAGUAAAUAUCUGGAGUCACGGCGAGCACAGGACUUUGUUCAGUGGCUAAUGAACUCUAAGAGGAGUGGUGGCCCGUCAAGACGCCACGCUGAAGGCACCUACACCAGCGACGUCAGCUCCUACCUUCAGGACCAGGCAGCGAAGGAGUUUGUGUCCUGGCUCAAGACGGGGAGGGGCAGGAGAGAGUAGCUGCACUCCACUCCGCUCCGCUCCGAGAGAGAAGCUCCCAUCAUCAGCAGUCCCAGCAGAGAGCACAGACCCCCUCCAUAGGCCACCUGAUCCGGACCCAAUUUUAUAAGACCAGUAUUGUCACUGAUCACUCCAAUAAAUUUGCUGAUUGGAAAGC